UGAAAAAGUGGAAGAUAAAAAUGCUCAAAAACAUAUGCAUUUUCAUAACAGUCCUUAUCGUUUCUGAUUUUAGUGUCUGUUUGAAACCAACAAAAUUAGAAAACGGUCAAUUUAGCAACAAGUCAAGAAUAAAAUCUGACACAUCUGACAGGAAUAAGAGAUCUGUAAGUGUAAAUUAUAUUUCUCGUUCUGUCUUUAAUAAAGAUGAUUUAACCGAAAAAGAUACAAGUGAGAGCGUGUCUUAUAAAGACAAAGAUCUGCCGAGUCCUAAAGAAAACAAAGAAAAAUUUGUCAAGCUAUGGAGCAACAGACUUAAAAAACUUGACGAUGAUGACGGUCCUUUUUGGGCAAACAGGGGUAGGAGAGAAGAAGGUCGGUCAUUUCGAGGCUCAGCAACGUGGGAAAACCAAGAAAGAACAGUGAGACAAAAUAAACAUUAUGAAUUAUUAAUGAAUCGAGGCGCAAGCGAUGAUCCGCCAUUUUGGGGUAGUCGUGGUAGACGUGAGUCGGAUGAGAGUAGAGCAAAGAAACAAAAUGAUGAUGAUGAUAAUUUUUGGAAAAAUAGCAUAAGCGAAGAAGAUCCACCAUUUUGGGCUAAUAGAGGGCGAAGGUUAUCUGGAACUAGCAAACAUAGAAGUGAAGAUGAUAAGUAUGAUGCAUUAACGAGAAACAGAGGCAGGCCAGAAGUUGUACCCUUUUGGGGAAAUAGAGGCCAACGAAUAUCUAUGGAUAGUAAACAUAAAAAACAGCUUGAUGAGUAUGAACCCAACUUAGCAAACAAGGUCACUACUGAAGAAGACGAGCCAUUUUGGGGAAGUAGAGGUAGACGUUUAUUUGAAAAAGAUAGAUUCAAAAAGCAAAGUGACGAAAAAGACCCUUUUUGGGCUAAUAGAGGAAGAAGGACCGAAGAUACGCCUUUUUGGGGUAAUCGAGGCCGACGAAUUACUGGAGAUAAUGGGUUGCGUAGACAAAAUGAAGAUGAUGGUCCUUUUUGGGCAAAUAGAGGUAAAAGAACAACUACCUUUAAUCAGAAUAGUCUAAGUCAGCAAGUUUUAGAUGGUUUAAUAUUAGGGCCACAAGAUGAUGAUUCGAAUUGGGGAAGUAGAGAUCUAGAAAAUGAUGAUCCGCCAUGGCCUAUAACACAAAAAAUCAAUACGUGUAGCCAGAUAGAUAACAUUUUCCAAUGCAAACGAAAACGGAAUACUGAAAUAUCGUUUUGGUCCAACAGAGGAAGAAAUAGCAAAUUUAAACAUUAUUUCAACUACCCAGUGAGAGCACGACUCAAAUACACUCCAAAUUUAAACAAAGAAGUCAAUAUAGGCUAUCAUGCAAAGCCUUCGGAGCAAAAUACUUUAAAUGAUGAUAGAAUUUUCGCCGAAGAACCCCAUUAUAUUCUAAUAGAGAGAAGUAGUCGAUCUUCAUCCGAAGAUGAUCCUUACUAUAUUUCAAGAGGGAAAAAAAUGACCGAGGCCAAAACCGCAAGAGGGCGUCGUGGGGCAAUUGACGAUAUAGUAAAAUCUGUAAGAAACGAUCCGUUUUAUAUUGCUAGAGGUAAGAAGGACACAGAUAACGUAGCCAAAAUAAGGAAUUUGUUAAAUUAUUCAGACAAGGAUAAAGAAGUUAUUUGUGGUGUAAUAAAUUCUUUUCUCAAUAAAAGCAGUGAAGUCAAGAAGAGCGAGAAUGAUUCUGAUAGAGAAAGGCGCACUAUCCUGAAAAAACUAGCCGCUCAGCUGCAAAUUGAUCCGUAUUUUGUCAGCAGAGGGAAAAAAGAUUUUGAUUCCAAUGAAAAAAACUCAGAUUUGUAUGCAUUAGUCAAUAUGUUUUAUGAAAUAUGUUCUGCAUAAAGCUUUUGGAUAUGUUAAAAAGAAAC